GGGGUCCACGUCCAGCGGCGUAGACAAAGACGGGCGGGCGUACGCACGCUCUUACGUACGCCUGGGCCGGCGGCGGGCAGGGCAGGGCGGGAGCGGCAGUCACCGAGGACUGGAGCCGAGCCUCACGGCCGCUCUGGCAGCAUGUAAACAGCCUUUUGCCAAGAACCCAGGUCACCGCUGAGAAGGCUGCCUUAAGGGAGAAGAAUAUCGGAGGACACCAAUGCCAGGCGUGUUUGGAACAGUGCUCAGUACAGGCAGCAUGAGACGUUCUGUGCCAGCCUCUGUGUGCUACUGGCAAAGGCUGGGGCUCUCUGGGUAGGAGGGUCCUGGGUCAGCCAGCAUCAGGAGCCCCCUCAAGGGAGCAUGGGACCAGCUAUGAACUCUUUACAGUGAACUCAGUUUUAGCUUAUGAAGGAAUUUUAAGUAAACGUUACUUAAUUUCUACAUACUGACGUUUGGCAGCCUUGGGUGUGAAGUGCCAGCAGCUACCCUUGUCUACUGGAGUUUCAGGAUUCUUCUGGCACCAAGGCGAACUCUUCUUGGUACUUCUGACAAUACAGAUCUUUAGGACAAAUUUACCCGCUGAAUGCUUUGGGGCAGGAGGAAAGUAAAACCUUGGAAGCAGCCACAUAGCUGAACAGAAAGCUGCCCCUUGCCGCUCGCUUGCCCGGACACUCAGGACUCAGGUGCUGUUCCAGCCUACUCACCACAGAUUGUCAUCUGUGCCCGGGAGACCUGGCAUUUCUGGGGUGCUCCUGUGACCCUUCUGCAGUUCUGCGCCAGAGCUCUAUUCAGGCAGUUGGAUGACAUGAACUUUGAGAUGGAGUUUGUCACCCGUGAGGGACUGGCUGCCUUUCCAAGGCUUGUGCUAUCUGAAGGGACCAUCUGAAGGACGUGUUUGUGUGUGGAAAAGAGGGCACCAGCCUGACGUGCGUCCUCCACCAUGUUCCUGUUGCUACCUUUUGAUAGCUUGAUUGUCAACCUCCUGGGUAUCUCCCUGACCGUCCUCUUCACCCUGCUGCUUGUUUUCAUCAUCGUCCCUGCCAUCUUUGGAGUGUCCUUUGGUAUCCGAAAGCUCUACAUGAAAACACUGCUAAAGAUCUUUGCGUGGGCCACCCUGAGAAUGGAGAGAGGAGCCAAGGAGAGGAACCACCAGCUGUACAAGCCCUACACCAACGGAAUCAUUGCAAAAGAUCCCACUUCUCUGGAAGAAGAAAUCAAAGAAAUUCGUCGAAGUGGUAGUAGUAAAGCUCUGGAUAAGACACCCGAGUUCGAGCUCUCUGACAUCUUCUACUUUUGCCGGAAAGGAAUGGAGACUAUCAUGGAUGAUGAAGUGACAAAGAGAUUCUCGGCAGAGGAGCUGGAGUCCUGGAACUUGCUGAGCAGAACCAAUUACAACUUCCAAUACAUAAGCCUGCGGCUUACCAUCCUCUGGGGCUUAGGAGUGCUGAUUCGGUAUUGCUUCCUCCUGCCACUCAGGAUUGCGCUGGCAUUCACGGGGAUUGGCCUCUUGGUAGUGGGAACUACUAUGGUUGGAUACCUGCCAAAUGGGAGAUUUAAGGAGUUUUUGAGUAAACACGUUCACUUAAUGUGCUACCGUAUCUGUGUGCGAGCCCUGACGGCCAUCAUUACGUACCACAACAGGAAAAACAGACCAAGAAAUGGUGGCAUCUGUGUGGCUAACCAUACAUCCCCCAUUGAUGUGAUCAUCUUGGCCAGCGACGGCUACUACGCCAUGGUGGGACAGGUUCACGGGGGCCUUAUGGGUGUGAUUCAGAGAGCAAUGGUGAAAGCCUGCCCCCAUGUCUGGUUUGAGCGUUCUGAGGUGAAAGAUCGCCACCUGGUGGCUAAGAGGCUGACUGAGCAUGUCCAGGAUAAAAGCAAGCUGCCCAUCCUCAUCUUCCCAGAAGGAACCUGCAUCAAUAACACAUCAGUGAUGAUGUUCAAGAAGGGAAGCUUUGAAAUUGGAGCCACUGUUUACCCUGUGGCUAUCAAGCCUCCUCUCCUUGUGCAGUAUGACCCUCAGUUUGGUGACGCCUUCUGGAACAGCAGCAAGUAUGGCAUGGUGACGUACCUUCUGAGGAUGAUGACCAGUUGGGCCAUUGUCUGCAGCGUUUGGUACCUGCCUCCUAUGACUCGAGAGAAAGAUGAAGAUGCUGUGCAGUUUGCUAACAGAGUGAAGUCUGCCAUUGCCCGGCAGGGAGGAUUGGUAGACCUGCUGUGGGACGGUGGAUUGAAGAGAGAAAAGGUGAAGGACACAUUCAAGGAGGAGCAGCAGAAGCUAUAUAGCAAGAUGAUAGUCGGAAACCAUGAGGACCGCAGCCGGUCCUGAGCCUCCGUCUUGUGCUGGCUGAAGCCGCCACCUCUAAAUCCUGAAGUGUGAGCCAGCUGCAGUUGUUGCUGCCACAGCCUCUACCGUCAUCCCCGCCACCCACUGCUGCAUCCUUCCGGACUCUGGCCCUCAGGCUGUUCUGGACUCCAGGACUGGAGCUGCGUCAGAGCUCCGUGGGCUGCCUGCUGUCCUCUAACCAGAAUGCUUCUGGCUGGGGCUCCCUGGGACAAAAUGCCUCUUGUUCUUAUAGUAAGCCUCUAAGAGGAAUGCCAUUAAAGCAGUUCUAGCUGGUGAAAAGGUGGGCCCUGUUCUUGCCCUGAGAGGAUGUUAGGUGUUUCUGUAGAAACAGCCAUAUGCUGGUAAAGUCGGAAAAGACACUGCAGAGGCCGGUGCCUAAACAGCCUCCAGCUUAGCGCUUGAGAUGUGGCAGAAAGGACUGUCUGCAGGAGUGCUCACGUCCUCCAGCGAGUGGAGUCCUAAGUCCCUGUGUUCCUGCUUAUGAAGAUCACCAGAGGAGAUAGGAAGAGCCAGUGGGCUCCUGGGCAGUUAGCUAGCCCCAGGCUGAGCCUGAAUCCCCCACAUGACUUGUUUAAUAUGUCUCAGUUUCCCUGUCUGUUCCAUGGAAUUGCGGAGAGAGAUGGUGGUGUGCCUACCUCACAGGGUUGUUGUGGGGAUUCCAGUGCUAGUGCGUGUGAAGGAAAUGUGUGCUGCUCUCCCAGGGACAGCUUCAGAGAGCGUGGCAGGACAAGGUCAGAGCUACAGCUGCUGCCCAGGAUUUUAAAAUUGUUUGUGAGUAAAUAAAACUGGAUGGUAAAUGAAUUUAGGGACUUUGCCUUCAUUCCUGAGAAAUGUAUUUCUUGCCGGUUAACAACCUUUGUACUGGAAAAUGACUGGAUGGCUGGGUCUCUGCCCCACUCUGAAGUGAGAAGAGGCUCAGGACAGGGUAGGCUCAUGUUGGGUGUUUUUACAUCUCUGUUAUUCCUAGCAUAGACACAGAUUUCUCCUAGAUAAGAGCCAUGGGAACCAAGCUGAGGUUGAUGAGAUUGGGGGAAAGGGUCCUGUCAGAGGCAUUCUGGGUUCAAGCGUGGUGGAGAACAGCGAGUAGUGGGGGCAAGGAUGGCGCAGAGGUGCUGGGAAGAACUGGUGAGUCAGGAGGGAUGGGCACACUGCGUGUGCCGUGACUGCAAGGGACAAGGCAGGCCUGCAGGGCACUCCGCAGAUGCAGUCAGCCUUCUGUCCUUCCUUCUGAGGUCCACCAGCUUUGAAUUCCUCCAAAGGAAGAUUACCCACCUACCCACGUGCCACUGUUCCGUGAUGGCACUUUUCCAAGUGAUGGAGAUAUUCCAUCUUCAGGUCUGGGAUCUGAGGAUGUUGUAGGAGGGCAGCCUGGCUCCCGAGACUAUGAACUGAUGCCACUCUGAUACUUGAGGACCCUGUGGUGUCACCCUAACUUCCUGCCAGCUCCCCAGCCUCACAGUUCCUCCUGCCUGCUCCGUUCCCAGUGGAAAACACUUUUUCAAAUAAAAACACCUCUGACUCUUAAGAACAGCCUCUUGGGAACUAUUUUGCAAAUGCUUAAAAAUAAAAGGUGGGCUGCUGCUUGUGUAGAAUGUCCGUAGUGUUUCAAUGCUGUCCCUUGAAAUUGUCUAGGGUCAGGUGUCCCUUAACACAUGCUUGUGGUUUAUUGCUUUGACUCACGGUCUGGGUAGAGUUUUCAAUCUGGUUUUGACCUGGCUCCCCUCCCACUCACCUGGGCUGCAGCAGAGAAGAAUUGGGUGCAGUUCCCGGGGCCUUGCUCAGCACGCGUCCAGCUGCUCUGCUGCUUCCCACAGGCUCCUCAUUGGUACAGGGUUGGUCUUACAUAUAAACUCUGCACCAUGGAAGAAGAAAGUAGGUUCCCGGGCACAGCCUGGGUACUAGAGAGCUUCCCUCCAGUUUGUCAGCCUGCUGCUCUCUGGCCAGAUUGACUUCUGAGACCUUAUGCACCUCUGAUAUCUCAGUAUGUAUGUGUGCAAGUGUGUGUGCAUGUACAUGUGUGCAUGUGUAUAUGUGUGCAUGUACAUGUGUGUGUGGGUGUGGCGGGUGUGGAGGCCUGAGGACAGUCUCAGGGUCCAUUCUCCUUGAUUUUGAGGCACAAUCUCUCACUGGCUUAGGCUGAUUGGCCAGCGAAUCUCCUGCCUCGAUCUACCUCUCCAGCAUUGUGACUGAAAGUAGAAUCCACCUUCCUAGGGGCUGGAACUCGGGUCUCCAUGCUUGCAGUGCAAGCGCUUUAUUGACCGAGCUCUUACAGCAGCUCAGAUUUCAUCUAAAAGCUCAUCGCUCAGAUGUAAGCUCUGAGCCCUAAAAUUGUGUGGUUCUGAAACAAGUCCAUUUUGAGCUAUUCGCUCCAACUUGGGACGCUAACCACUGCCCCCACCCCGGGGGAUUUGUGCUGGGGCCAAACCUGCUGGGUAGUUGGGAUUGCAGGUCACAGUUUUCACCCAGACAUGAUGACUUCUUACCAGCUAGGUAAAGAAUUCGUUAAUCGGGCUACUAAAAUGCACCCCCACCCUGGAAAGAGGAGGGAGGCCCACCAGACGGUGUCAGCCUGGCCAGGGCCCCCGGGUAGAGCUUUGAUGGAGCUGAAUUCCGUGUGAGAACCACUCCCUUUUGGUACCCUUCAGAGAUGGAGAGCUUACGGUUUGAGGGAUGGUGGGCCAGGACAACAGCAAGGGGCUUUUAGAUCUUGAACUGACAAGUGCCUUGUGGGGAUCUGGGUCUAUAAACUCUCCUGCCUUCUAGCAUUUACAGUCUGGGUUGCUGUUCACUGCUGGCCCCAGCUGUACAUCUUAGUUGCCAGACUCAGUUUCUCCGGGCGCAACAUCCCGUGUGGCCUGGGCUAUCCCAGUUCACGCACAGACUCUUGGACAGGCUAAGAGAUGACCAUCCAGCCAUCCGUCUCUCACCGCACCCACUCCCCUCUCCCCCAGUCAAUAUGUCUCUCUCCGAUGGGAAAGUUAAUAAAUUUUCCUCUAGAUUAAAAGUAUUGAUUAUUUCAUUUGUAAACAAUAAAUAAAAAGGAGGGACUUUUCACUGCACAGGGGCUAGCGUCUGGUGUAUUUUGCUGGUGAAAUUUUGCUCACUGUUGGGGGGGGUGGGCCCCUCAUAUGCAUUCUGUCCGGCCAGUAGCAUUGAUUUCCUAUUAGUCUCUCAGCACCACCCAGUAACACAUCAUUUCAGUACCUGCUAUUAAUGGUCUUUUGAUAAAUAAUCACUUGUAAGUCAAUAAAUUUUUAUUAAACACUGUA